AUGUGAUAAGCUGCGCCGUUCUAAAAAUGGAAAGUUCAGCGUCCACUCUCCACAGAUUUAUUUAUUUUAUUAGCUAGAAAACAAUCAACAAUUAUGUGACAGUAGUGGGAAGUUGGAAUGCCAAUGGAUUUGUCGUGGUGAGGCCGACGUGGAUAUUCUACCAUCGGCAGUCAUUCCAGGUCAUGUGUUGACGUCAUGGAUAAUAAGUCCAGCGUACAAGUAGAGCUAGAUACGUGUGAAAACUGUUCAAAAUUGUCUAUGGACGGGGAUGAUGAUAAAACUGCGGCUAUGGUGUCACAAGCAGAGAUUUGGCAGGAAGAUAAAAAAUUCACUGUGUAUAAAGUUGUAAUUUGGUCACGGAAUGAAUCUUGGCAUGUAUUUAGGCGUUAUAAUGAGUUCUAUAAACUUAGUGAAGUACUAAAGAAACAGGUGCCAGACUCAAACUUAAAAAUACCAGGUAAGAAAUUGUUUUGUAACAACAUGGAUCCGUCAUUCAUUGCCUCUCGCCGGGAAGGUCUUGAUCAAUUUGUACAUCAUUUAAUGCAUCAAAACAAUUUACUAAACAUAAGUGAAGUCCGCAUAUUUUUUAACUUGGAUACUAAAGUUAAAGAACCAGACAGACCAAACCUUCUUAAAUGCUCUGGUACAAUAAAUUUAGGACCUUCAGAAAGACCAUCUGCUAAUCCAUCAGAUUUUGUAUUUUUACGUAUUAUUGGAAAAGGCAGCUUUGGUAAAGUUUACUUGGCUGAACACAAAACUGAAUCCAUUCAUUUUGCUAUAAAAGUAUUGGAUAAAAAGCACAUACUUGCAAGAAAUGAAGUCAAGCAUAUCAUGUGUGAACGCAAUGUUCUACUGAAAAAUAUCAACCACCCAUUUCUUGUUGGCCUUCAUUACAGCUUCCAAACCAAAGAUAAACUUUACUUUGUACUUGAUUUUGUAAAUGGUGGAGAGUUGUUUUAUCAUUUACAAAAAGAAGUUAGAUUCUCAGAAACCCGAGCUAAGUUCUAUACAGCUGAAAUAGCAUCAGCUCUCGGUUAUCUCCACUCUAAUGGUAUUAUUUAUAGAGAUCUCAAACCAGAAAACCUGUUACUUGACCAAGAAGGACAUUUGGUCCUUACUGAUUUUGGGUUUUGCAAGGAAGGUCUCAUCGGAACUAAAACUACAAAUACAUUUUGUGGAACUCCUGAAUAUCUUGCUCCCGAAAUAAUCAGGAAAGAAGCAUAUGGCAGAUCAGUUGACUGGUGGUGUCUCGGUGCAGUACUAUAUGAAAUGUUAUUUGGACUCCCACCAUUUUACAGUUUAAAUGUGCAAGAAAUGUAUAAUUUAGUUUUGCAUAGUAGAUUAAAAAUAAAAGGACCGGUUUCGUCACAAUGUAAAAAUUUAUUGCACAAGUUGUUGGAAAAAGAAAGCAAUAAAAGAAUUGGUAGCAAUGUUCAAGAUUUUAAUGAGGUUAAAAAACAUCCAUUUUUCAAAACAAUUAAUUGGGUUGAUUUAUUGAAUAAACGUAUUACACCACCUUUUCAACCACAACUGAGUGGAACAUGUGAUUUGCAAUAUAUUGAUCCACAGUUUACUAAGGAAUCUGUCAGUUCGUCCAUGUCAUCGUUUUGUGAUGAAAAACUUUCUACUAGUAAACAGGACAUAGAUAAUGUGUUUGCUGGUUUCUCCUACACUCCUCCUUCUAGUUUAGAUUAAUAAUAAUCAAACUACAAUCGUUCCUAUCUUUAGUUAUUUUUACAUAUUUAAUCGACUUGUGACUGGCUCACGAAGACUUACUAUCUACAACUUUUUAAUACCUACAUCCUACACAAAAAGUUUUUAUUCUAGUUAAUAACUGUUAUUCUACAAUAUUAAAAUUAAUGUUUUCAUGUUUUUAAGAAGCAUUAAAUAAUAUAUUCAAAAUAAAUAAGCAAUAACAUUCCAUUUUUAAUACACCAGCACCCGUGUGUGUUCAUUCAUUAAUUUUGCAGCUUAAUUAGUCAGGGUUUUAAUAAGAAUAUCAACUAAAAAAAUAUUAAUUAAAAUAUAUUAUUAAUUAAUAAAGGUACUUAAUAUGAUAUUUUAAUUGUAAUUCACUGCCAAAAUGUUGCAAUGUAAAAAAUAAUUUUUAAUCUUUAAAAAUUAUAUCUGUGAUUUAUUACAUUUUUUGCUUUACCGAUUCACCUAUUUUCGUGCUUUAAAAUCAAAUUCUUAAACAUUAUUGUAUCAUAUUAUAAACUUUGAGUUUAUAACAUCUAUUAAGUUUUAAAUGUAAAUACCUAUAUAUCAAUAUGUUUACACCGAAAACUAAAUAUAAUUAAACUAUAAUAUUGUGUUUAAAUAUAAUAUAUACUCUAUAGAAAUGUGUUAAAAAUAUUAUAUAUCUACCUUGUACUCAUCAUCUAGAAAAUACCAAAAAAUGCCUAAUAAAACAUAUACAAUGCCAUUUAUUAAAUAAUAGCCAUAAUACCUAGGUAAAUACAUUUUUUAUUGUUUCUGACCCAUGUAUUAUUAUGUGAAUUAUUAAUAUUACUACCAAAUAUAUUGUAAGUUAUAAUUUAUAAAAAUGUUAAGAUUAAACUAAUAGAAUUUAUUAACUAUGAGAAAUAAUACUGUGUUAAUUAUUACGAAUCAACAUUUACUGGAUACUGCCAUAAUUUAUUGUUAAUAAUCAUAGAAUAAGUGCUCUUGUUAGAAUUAUCUUAAGCAAAUUUAAAAGGUUAUAAAAAUCAAAUGUUACUGAAUAUUUCUUGUCUUGUGUUUGUUUAAUUCUUAUGUGAUUUAUAUACUAUUAACUAUAUAUGUAUUAUUAGACGUUUAAUUUUUUUUAGUGUACAUUGUACAUAACCUGAAUGAUUUUCCUUGAAACUAUUAAUAUUUAAUAUUUGAGUUAUAUAAUACCCACUACACUUUUCAUUUUAAAUUAUAAGAUAUAGUAUUAUUUAAUGUUUAAAUUCUGUUGUUUAUUUUAAAAAUGGUAUUUAUCAAAAAGUUAAAUUAAUUGUUAAACCUACUGUUAUAAUUAUUCUUUUUGUAUUUUAAUUGUGUGUUACUUAAUAUUGACGUUUGUA